ACGCGUCUGCUUCUAACCAACUUACUCAAGGAAGAACCUGCCUUGUGUCUUAGGUGAGAUCUAUUGUGUGGGGGAAAGGUGAUUUCGGUAUCCUAUUAUAUCCAGUUCAGAGAGAAAAAGAGACUUUAAUAUGUGAAUGGUUUUCACAUUGCUGAAUUUGUAGCAGUAAAACAUAUAUGAUGGCUUUCAAGUCUCUCUGGAACAGACGCUGGCUCUCCACAGACACAUACAAACCACCUGAAAAAGAUGAGCAUGUGAUGGUUGCAGAUUCUCUCCUGUCAGAGCUGGAGUUUCAUAUACGUGAUAUUGAUAAAAGGAAUCGAGAUAAGGAGGAUGAAGAUAAACGCCGUACAACAGGAGUGGAUUACUCUUGGCUAGUCAGUGUUACACCGAAAACUUAUGAAGUACCUCAGCUUGAACGUUUGGAGCUGGAGGAACUAUGCUACAAGGUGUCGUCUACUGAAUGUGGUAAAAUCAUCUCACUGUUUCGAGAUGCUGUGCUUCGUGAACGACCUGUUCGGGAGCUGCCAGGUGUGAUGAGAUCGUGCGUUCUACAAGUCAUUGAACAACGACCGAGGGAGGAAACCCUCUCUGAAUGGGUUACAAAAAGGACUAUGAGUCUCACAAGUCUUAAACUACGACCAAAUCCCAAAGUUGCCCCCAGUUCUGGGAUUGAGGAUGUCGAAAUGCAAGAAGGUGUUCCCAGAGAAACGCGUGCUAUGAGCAUGCCUGACUUUAGUGUGGAGAGAUCUACAACAUGUACAAUGAGAUUCUGAUUUCCUGAAUCAAACCUUUUUAAACAACACUCCAGUCAUAUGCCUUGCUCAAGAGAUCAAUAUGUAUUUUGUCCAUUUGCCAAAUAUAUUUAUCAUGAUCUUUCAUGUUAUUUGUUUCAAAUGAUACAGCUAUAUGUCUACACAGUUGUUUUUGAGCAUUUUGUUUAGGCAUGUACAAAUAUGUUUCUUAUUUACUAUAAGUAGUAUAUGAAAGUAUUGAACAGUUGUCUCCUGGAUCAAAUAGAAAUUACAAUAUGUUCUUAUUUUUUCAAUAAGGAAUGAAGGAAGGUUCUUUCAUAGUGCCAAAAGUUUUGAAAGACAUCAUGAAAAGAUGAUGAACCAGACAAGCCAACUUCAACCUUGUGUUUUGUUAAGAUUGUGUAGUAUUUAAGUUCGAACUGUUAUUACCAUGUUGGUAGACUCAGUAAAAUCCUCAAUAUGCAUCUUACAAAUUCAAAGGGCAACAGAAAGUUAAGAUAUAUGUUAAUUAACCUUCUCAUCAAGUGUCACACAGAACAAAAAGGCUUUCAAAACAGUUAAGUUUUUAUGACAUUGGUUGAUAUCCAUCUGAGGUGUCCUCUGUAUUUCAGUUUUAGUAAUGGUACUGGAGAAUGAUUUAUGAAAAUUUUAUAUAGAAAAACUUAAAUUAUCUGAAUGGCAUUCUUGUGUCGUUGGCAUGAUCAGUCAUGUUAAGAUUGGAAAAAUAUCAACAGUUCAACUUCAUGUGAUGCCAUGACAUGUGUAUCAUGUAAACAUUAUGAAGAAUAUGUGUAAUGAAUAAACAUUAGUAUUCAAGAAAUGUAAUAGUGGAUGUAUCCUCUGUCAUUGUCUAUUACCAAGUAUUUGUGUUCUGCCAUGCUUAAGAAUAAGAUGGUUUCUCUUACUUCUUCCGUUUUGCUAGGUAACUGUCUGUUUAAAAUAUUGUAUCACAAUCUCCCAAACUGAUGAUUAUGAUACCAUCUGUACCCAAACUUCAUUGAUAUCGUAAAUCAUGACAAACCUAGGUUUCGAGAUGUAUGAUCCAGACAGUAUUUAGAAUUUAGGAUUAAAUCAAAGGGUCAUUGUCAAGAGUUCAUGUUCAAGAUGAAAGGUUUAAGAGUACCUACAGUAUAUAACACUUAUCUAUGCCAUUUUUCAGACAUUUCAAUUUGUGCCUUCAGUGAACCUGAGACCAUGUUUCUAUGUAAUUAGGUUUUAUAUUAGCCAAGAUAUUGACAUUGACAUAUGUUAAUCAGAAAGCAAAGUGAUGUUUUAAACAUUUUCUGUCAAAUUUGCUAGGAAUGCCUAUUUGCCCAAGCCAAUUCUGCCUUCGAUUUCUGACGGCUAGAUCAACUGGAAGAUUUUGUUCACAUGAGACAUCUAUAAAUACAGACAUAAUAGAUAAUAAUUAAACAUGUAACAAUAAUUAAACAUGUAACUGUAUCAAAUGACGGGAAAUUCUGCUUCCAGUCGUCUAAGUCCCGAUUUCAAGGUGAUAACCUUAUUUUGAAUAUUUUCAGCAUUUAGCAAAUAUUAGGCUGGAUUAUAUUUGCUCUUCCUGUCAUUCAUAAUAUUUGUUGUUCAGCUUCACACUCAGUAAUAUUCCAGCUAUAUGACAACAGUCUGUAAAUAGCAUGUUUUUACUGGACAUUCCAAUGAUUAACACUAUGAGCAUAGAUCUACGCAUUUAGGAUACAUACAUCAUCCAAGUCAGGGACCCAGACCACACAAUCCUGUUUGUUAUCUCUUGGAGUGGAGUGUUCAAGACCAGUUCUCAGAUCUUCACGGGUCUCAAAAUACUUGUAGUUAGGUAUCACCAUGUACAUUACUUAAGAUAAUGUCACUGUUUUUUCAUCAGCCUUAAUAGGCUUAUCUAUGAUGUCAUUAUCAAAAUCACCUUAGAAUGUGCAAUAAUCGUUCAUGCAUCCAAUGGCUAGUGAAUAUAUUUAAUAUAAAUCAUAACUGUAAAGAAAAUGUGAUAGUAUCUGUAGCAUCCUUAGUCAUGUCAGCAUGGUGAGGGACCUAGUAUUUAUUAUUCUGAGGUUGGUGGAGUGGUGGAUAUUUGUUGGAUUCAUGUUGUGUUUGUCACUUACCAUAUAUUUUCUCUAAGAGAAAGAUUCGAACAAUAUGUUGUGGACGCAAGCCAAUUUUGUUCAAGACGUUCAGUAUACAAUUAUAUAUAUUUUUAGAAAUUUGAGGCAAAAUGAUUUGUUACCACUAUUUUCUGGAAUAGUAUUUUUGUCGUGGGAAAAUUGUGGGUUCGUAGAAUAUCAAAUGGUUGUUCUUUCAGUGAUAUAGUACAAAUGUAAAACAAUAUGUUUUACAUGUUUUGAUAAGUGAUGACUUGGGUUUGAUAAAUGUAGAUGGUGUAGUACUUGACACAUCUUGAGUACUUAAGUAUGCAACUCGAUGUGUCUGUUACAACAUGUAUGUUAUUGAUGUUAAUAUUCUUGUUAUGUAGCCAUGGUUACAUCAUGGACAUGAUGUAGUAAUAGUUUCCCUAGAGAUGUUCAUAAAGCUGAAGAGCUAAACAAAUCCCAGAUAGUAAUAUAAUACAAUACAUGAUACUCUACAUGUUGUAUUUGUCAUAUCAUAGCAGUACAACUACAAGCUGGUACUGAUCAACAGUUUAGUUCAUAUACACUGUUUAUGUCAAGUGGAGUAUGAUAUGUAGAUUGCUUCAUGUAUUCUAUCAAGACAAAACAUUUGUUCUUCCUACUUCUUAAAGGCAUUGUCAACAAAGAGUAUGAAAACUAUUAGUUAGAAAUGAAGAAUUUCAGGGCUCAAAUCCUGCAAUAAACAGUUUCAUUUCAGGAUCUGUGUCAGUAUUUCAGAUCAGUUCUCUCUAAAACAUAAUCUGUUUGUCGUACAAGUAUUUCUGAGGAUUGUUUUGUUUUGUUUGUUUUAUCAGUAAAACUAUUAUUCUAUUUAAGAAUGGCCAAUCAUAAUGAGCAAAAAUAAUUUUAAAAAGUCUUCUUUUUUGUUGUCUUACAUGUACAUGGUAGGGCAUGAGCUAUGUGAUCGUUGCCUUUUUGUGGGAGAAGCUCAAAGCUCCCUUUGAACUAUGUUGAUUCGAUAUCUGACAUAUUCACUUGUUAUGUUCACAGUGGUUAAACAUGUCAUAUACAUGUAUUUUGGUGGACUGCACUUUUCUGAAUCUUUUUGAAUAACAUCAAAGGCAUUACAUGCAUCAGCUUUUAUCAUGUGUAUGCAACAUAGGAAGUCGAUAUGAAUAGUCAAUAUUUUGUGAUUUUGAUUUGAUGUAAAUCAUUCCUGCUUUACAAUUCUACCAUUUUGUAUUUACAAAGUUUAUCAAUUGAUUAUUCCCUCCAUUUGCCAGAUCAGUGUUGCUUGGUUUACAAUAUUGUUUGUAUGUUUACUUGUAAAUUAUGUUUUCUUUAAACAAUUUGCAUUUAUAUUUUUGUCCUAUAUUUUUCUUUUCACUAAUCCCUAGUAUGUUCAAUACGUUUCCCAAGUUAUUCUGUAAUAUAUUUUGUCUAUUUAUACAAUAUUUUGCUUGCCAAUAGAAACCACAUAAGCUUGAUAUAUGCAUGCAUUGUUUUUGUAACCAAUACUAAUUGUUUUUCCUUCCGAGUAAACACAAUCUGAAUUGCAGGUUGAAGGGACUUGACCAUAAGGUGAAUUGCAGGUCUGAGGCACUUGGCCAUGGUAUGAUAAAUUGCAGGUCUGAGGUACUUGGCCAUGGUAUGAUAAAUUGCAGGUCAGAGGUACUUGGCCAUGGUAUGAUAAAUUGCAGGUCUGUGGUACUUGGCCAUGGUAUGAUAAAUUGCAGGUCUGAGGUACUUGGCCAUGGUAUGAUAAAUUGCAGGUCUGAGGUACUUGGCCAUGGUAUGAUAAAUUGCAGGUCUGAGGUACUUGGCCAUGGUAUGAUAAAUUGCAGGUCUCAGGUACUUGGCCAUGGUAUGAUAAAUUGCAGGUCUGAGGUACUUGGCCAUGGUAUGAUAAAUUGCAGGUCUAAGGUACUUGGCCAUGGUAUGAUAAAUUGCAGGUCUAAGGCACUUGGCCAUGGUAUGAUAAAUUGCAGGUCUCAGGUACUUGGCCAUGGUAUGAUGAAUUGCAGGUCUAAAGUACUUGUCCAUUGUAUUCUUUAUUUGUAGUGACUUAAACCAUUUUCACACACAUGGAUAACAAUCAAGAAUGUACAAUAAUCUGUAAUCAUUUGGGAAUUCCUUGAAAUGAAAUAACGUUUGCAGAACAAUGGAAGUUGCAUCAUUCAGUGUCAUCAUUCAGUUCACACACUUUCAGAUAUUUUUGGCCCACGUUUUGAAAAAUAAUAAUGACUGAAGGAUUGUGCUUACUUCAAGUCAAACUUCAUAUCAAAUUGUUUUAAUGUAAAGUGGAAACUGAUAAACUCUUUUCUAAUAAGGAUAUGCCAAUAGGUUUUGUCUAUGUUCUGUUACUUGACAUGUUUGCCAUGACAAAAUGUGAUAUUUGCCUUGCUGUCACCAAUGAAAUUGGUAGUAGGUAUUCAUUGCCAGUUCAAAAGAUACAUUUACCCUCAGUCAUUGUAAUCAGUAUGGAUUUCCUCAAUAAAGAUGUUUCUUUUA